GUAUCGUCAUAAAUCCACUUCGCCCAGAAAAGGCGACGCUGAGAGCGUAUCGUAAUUCUCCGAGAUCCGUCGAAAACGAACCCGAGUGUUUUUCAGAGGGCGCCGUCGAUGUCGUUCCUCGCCGCUCACUCUCUCUUCUUCCUUUUGCUUUCCACUGUGCGAUGGGCGGCUGGGCAGGAAGGCUUCUGUUCGAUUCCUCCUUCCAUCGUCGCUCACUCAGCCACGAAGCCACUUUACUGGAAAGCCACAAACCCUACCCUUUCGCCCGAUCAUCUCCAAGACUUGCCUGGUUUUACGAGGAGUGUGUACAAAAGAGACCAUGCUGUCAUAACACCAGAAAGCCAUGUGUUCAGUCCACUACCAAAUUGGGUGAAUACAUUGGGAGCAUACUUGGUUACCCCAGCAAUGGGGUCACACUUUUCAAUGUUCUUGGCAAGGAUGCAAGAGAAUUCAAGAUCAGGGCUACCCCCAAAAGAUGUUGAAAGGUUUGUCUUUGUCAUCGAUGGUAGUGUGACAUUUUCAAAUGGUUCCCUAAUUGAUCACAAAUUGCCUGCUGAUUCAUAUGUCUAUCUACCUCCAAACGUGGAACACACAUUGAAGUCUGACAUGGCAGCUACAGUUGUAAUCUUUGAGCGUAGACAUGCUAGCCUAGAAAAUUAUCAUCCAGAGCAAAUCAUUGGUUCAACAGCGAAGCAGCCACUUCUAGAAACUCCAGGGGAGGUAUUUGAACUAAGGAAGCUGCUGCCAACUUCUGCCCACUAUGACUUCAAUAUCCAUAUUAUGGAUUUCCAACCUGGAGAAUAUCUUAAUGUGAAGGAGGUUCACUACAAUCAACACGGUCUACUGCUAUUGGAGGGACAAGGAAUAUAUCGCCUGGGCGACAACUGGUAUCCUGUUCAAGCGGGCGAUGUGAUUUGGAUGGCACCAUUUGUUCCUCAGUGGUACGCAGCUCUUGGAAAAUCCAGAUCGAGAUACUUGAUCUACAAAGACGUCAACAGGGAUCCACUAUGACUAUUAUUAAAUGCAAUAUCCAGAAUGUCAAUCGCUUAAACCUAAAUUCCGUUGUGGCGAUUCACCCUCUUAGGGCCAGCCCCGGUCCUUCGACUCAGGAGGCCCGGGACAAAAAACUAAAAUGAGAUCCAAAAUAAAUCUUUAAUAAUAUGCAAUUCAUCUACAA